AUGGCUCGAGAAUUUAAACUUCAUCAUCAUGUAAAUGAACUUAUGACAAAUUUGAGAGUUGCUUCUACUUCAGAAGGUCCAGGUGCUGAGGUGUUGACAGAGGUUUUGGAAAAAAGCAUUUCUCCAUUUGUGAGCACACAGGUAUCAACUCAAAAAGCCAUUAAAAAAUUAUCUGAUCAAUCUAAUCAGCCCAAUGAGUUCGUUUCAAAAUACGAGCAGCUAAAAUCAAAAAAUUUGAGGGAGUUAGACCCUUUGAUUCAUCUGAUGUCCCGUCUCAGUGCUGAUGCACAGAUUAAAUCAAUGCUGAAAAAAGCAAAGGACUCAAAGUCUGAAUCAAAAUUGACUUCACUACAAUCAUCAACCGUGAAGGUGACCACCCAACCUCAAUCAACAUUGAGCUCUGAAGGAUUGAAAAAGCUUUCCGAAGAGAUACAGGCAGAACUGAAAAAGAAGACAACGAAGGAAUCUUCCUUGGUGAAUAUUGAGACCAUCAAAAUUGAUUCAAAUAAGGAUAAAGAUAAAAAAGGGGCCUCAAAACUUUCAUUAUUUCCUAAGUGGAUAGAAGGUCGACCAAAUCUUUCGCUGGAUUUUUUGCCAACCAAUGCCGACGAUUUUGUGAGUUCUUACUGGAUCGUUCAAAAUUCUUCAUUUUAUAUAAAACCAAUUUAUUUUGGAUUUUUUAAAAUAUAA